AUGAAAAUUCCUGAGCAUCGAAAAUGGAUGGAAAAUAGACUUCUUCCCGGUCGAGCGGGGUAUACGGAUGAAUUUAUAAGUGGCAUGGAUGAGUUUAUUAAUUUUGCUUGUAGUCAACCUAAGUACUUGUCCGAGGGAGUCAUAAGGUGCCCUUGUAAGCGUUGUAAAAAUAUGAAGCACCUGAAACGCGAUGAAGUUAUUGUGCAUGUUUAUCAAAAAGGGUUCACGCCAGGAUAUUGGUAUUGGACAUCGCAUGGAGAGGAAGCACCUCCAAUUGAUUUGAAUGAACAUAUUUAUUCAGGCGCUUCGAGUAGUCAUCAAGGGUAUAACUUUGACAUACCUUCAAACAGUCAAAGUAAUAUUCCAGGGGAAGACUAUGAAAAUGUAAAUAGAUAUCAAAAUAUGAUUUAUGAUGAUGCUGGUGUAGAAUUUGGGCAUCAAGUUGAACCCAAUAUAGAAGAGUCUCCGAAUAUGGAUGCUACCAGGUUUUAUAAAAUGUUGAAUUCGGCUCAACAACCUUUAUGGCCUGGAUGCAAAUAUUCUGAGUUGUCUACAGCUGUUAGAAUGAUGAGUAUUAAAUCUGAGUACAAUAUGUCCCAAGGUUGUUUUAAUGCAAUGGCGCAACUAAUGAAGGAUACAAGUCUUCCCGAUAAUAAGAUACCUUUGGAUUACUACCAUGCGAAAAAGCUAGUUUCAGGGCUUGGUCUAACUAGUCAAAAAAUUGAUUGUUGUGUUAACGGAUGUAUGUUGUAUUACAAGGCUGAUACCGAGAUGACAGAAUGUAAGUUUUGUAAAGAGCCUCGUUACAAGGAAUGCGUGCGCAAGCAUGGUAAUAAAAAGGUUCCUCGGAAGAGAAUGCAUUACCUGCCGCUUAUUCCUAGGCUUCAACGAUUGUACGCUUCGAAAAAAUCUGCGGAGCAAAUGAAGUGGCACUAUGAAAAUCGUAGGGAAGAAGGUGUGUUGUGCCACCCAUCCGAUGGAGAAGCAUGGAAACACUUUGAUCGAACCUAUCCAGACUUUGCUUUAGAGCCUAGAAAUAUUAAACUUGGUCUUUGUGCUGAUGGAUUUACACCUUAUAGUCAGUCAGCAUCGCCAUACUCUUGUUGGCCGGUGAUUGUUACUCCCUACAAUCUUCCUCCUGAUCUUUGUAUGACUGCCCCUUACAUGUUCUUAACAUUGAUCAUUCCAGGUCCACAUAAUCCCAAGGCAAAAAUUGAUGUGUAUCUUCAACCAUUAAUAGAUGAGCUGCAACAAUUGUGGAUGGAUGGUGUACUAACUUAUGAUGUGUCAAAGAAGCAAAAUUUUCUUAUGCGAGCAGCAUUGAUGUGGACAAUUAAUGAUUUUCCUGCUUAUGGCAUGCUAUCAGGGUGGAGUACAGCUGGUAAAUUAGCAUGCCCAAUUUGCAUGGAACAAUCAAAAGCUUUUACUUUGAAAUAUGGAAGGAAAGUUACUUGGUUUGAUUGUAACCGCCAAUUCUUGCCUCUCAAUCAUGAUUUUAGAAAAAACAAGAAUGCUUUUUACAAAGGAAAAGAGGAGAAGUCUAGACCUCCUCCUAGGUUAACCGGGGAUCAGGUGUGGGAAAAAGUUAGAGGGUUUCCUAAGAUCACUGAAUCAGGUCCACGCAAAUUCUAUGGUUAUGGAAAAUCUCAUAAUUGGACCAAAAAAAAGUAUUUUUGGGAUUUGCCAUAUUGGAAGACCAAUCUAGUUCGCCACAAUCUUGACGUAAUGCAUAUAGAGAAAAACGUCUUUGACAAUGUUUUUCAUACUAUCAUGGACAAUAAAGAUAAAACUAAGGAUAAUGAGAAGGCAAGAAUGGACUUGAAAGAAUAUUGCCGUCGAAAUGAUCUACACUUGAAACAGGACAGUAGCGGGAGAUGGAUUAAACCGAAAGCAAAGUUUACCUUAAAUGAGGACCAAAAGAAAGAUGUAUGUGAAUGGGUUAAAGAUCUAAAGAUGCCUGAUGGAUAUGCUUCCAAUUUGAGUAGAUGUGUUGAUAUGCCACAUUUAAAGCUAUUUAGGAUGAAAAGUCAUGAUUGCCAUAUUUUUAUGCAGUGUCUUAUUCCAGUUGCUUUUAGUGCACUAUCAAAACCAAUUUGGAAGCCAUUAACUGAACUUAGUCUAUUUUUUAAAGACCUGUGCUCAACAGUGUUACGGGAGGAUCAUUUAAUACAAAUGGAACAAAAUAUUCCUUUAAUCUUGUGUAAGUUGCAGCGAAUAUUUCCACCCGGAUUUUUUGAUUCAAUGGAGCACUUACUGAUUCAUUUGCCUUGCGAAGCAAGGGUUUGUGGGCCAGUUCAAUAUCGAUGGAUGUAUCCAUUUGAAAGGUUCCUAAACAAAAUUAAGAAGACUGUUAAAAAUAAAUCCAGAGUUGAAGGGUCUAUAUGUCAAGCAUAUUUGGCUCAAGAAAUCUCGUACUUUGCUUCCCAUUAUUUUGAAUCUCAUGUCCUGUCUAACAACAAUAGAGUUGGUCGUAAUGACGAUGAAAUAAAAAAGAAUUCAACUCAACCAACUCUAUCAGUCUUUAAUCUUUCUGGCCGAACUUAUGGCAAUGAGGAUGGCAUUAUUCGGUGGCUAGAUGAUAAAGAGGUUGCUGCAGCACAAUUGCAUGUUCUUAUAAAUUGUGAUGAGGUUAAGCCUUUCCUCAAUUUGUAUGAGCAAGCCUUGAGAGAUACUUACAAUGAUCUCACUGAUGACGUUAUUGAUAAACAAAUUGAAGCAGACUUUCCACGAUGGUUUAAAGAUUAUGUCAAUAGUAAUCCUCAAGAAAUAUUGCAGAAUCCAUAUUUGCAAAUUUUAGCUAUGGGACCAUUAAGACGGGCAAAGUCUUGGCCUGUUUAUUUUGUGAAUGGACACAAAUUUCACACUUCUUCAUGGGGUGAAGGAAGAAGUACAUAUAAUAGUGGGGUGUGUGUUAGUGGCACUGGACAAGAUGGUACUAUAAGUGAAUACUAUGGUGUUCUUAAGGAGAUUAUUGAAUUAGAAUGGCCAAUGACAUCAACUAUGAAGUUAGUUUUAUUUUAUUGUGACUGGUUUGAUCCCUCUAAACAUGGUAUGAAAGUUGAUAGUGAAUUUGGUAUUGUCGAGGUUCGAAAAAGGGGAAGAUAUGGUAAAUUUGACCCUUUCAUCUUUCCUGAAAUCGCAACUCAAGUUUAUUAUGCAAAUCAUCCUGAAAAGAAAGGAGAUAAAGCUGAUUGGUGGGUUGUUAUAAAGACAAAGCCAAGGGGAGUUGUGGAUGCAACACAUAAUCUUGAAGUUGCUUACCAAGAGGAGCAAUCACAUGUAAAUAUAAGUAUAGAGGAUGAACCAAUUGAUUGCCUACAAGAUGAGCAAUUUGUUGGUGAAGAGGUCGAUAUGAGUAGUUUCCAAUCAGUUAUCAAUGAAGAUGGAUAUGAUUUAAUUGAAGACGAAGAUGAGGAGGUAGCAAGUGAAGCAGAGGAAGAGCUUUUUGAUAGUGAAGAUUCACAAGAUUACUUUCAAACCCAAGAGGAGGACGAAGAUGAAGAUGACGAUUAA